AUGCCGCUGCUCAAGCGCACAGUCAAACACAUCUACUAUCUCGCCAGGGCGUGGGAGCGUCCUGACCGUCGACUCCUCCGAGACCCCAGUCUCCCAUCAUCAGACGUCGAGAAGCUUUUGGGCACGCUGUGCGGCAACUGGGAUCAUUUUGUGGGCAGCACUACGCACAUCUUUAGCAAGGCCAGUCAGGUCCCCAAGGGCUUGACGGUGUUUAAACGGAAAUGGAUCGGCAAGCUUGUGCCGUAUAAGAAAGCUUACGUGGAGGCGGGAGUUUAUGCCCCCAGUGGGGGAUGGUAUACGUUGGGUCAGGAAACGGAAUGGAAGUCCGCUCAAAGCAUGCACCGAAACAUCGUUGAGGGGUCACGUAUUAUGGCUUUGCAGAGGAAGCAAUCUUCAACCCAGCAUCCAUAA